AUGUCAACUUUUGAAAGCCAUGCUCCUCAUGUUAAUGUUACAACUGAGCUUAAUGGGGUUCCUAUUGGUCCACAGACUGCUUCAGAUUGGUUAUAUGUUUAUCCAAAAGGAAUUCACGAUCUUAUACUCUACACAAAAGAGAAGUAUAAUGAUCCAAUCAUUUACAUUACUGAAAAUGGAGUUGAUGAGUUCAAUGAUCCCGAAGUAUCUCUUCAAGAAGCCCUUAAUGAUACCAAUAGAAUUGACUACUACCAUCGUCACCUUUGUUACCUUCAAGCAGCCAUUAAAAAUGGUGCUAAAGUGAAAGGAUAUUUUGCAUGGUCGUUAUUAGACAAUUUUGAAUGGGAUUAUGGAUACACUGUUCGAUUUGGUAUCAACUAUGUGGAUUAUGAUGAUAAUCUAAAAAGAUACUCAAAACUCUCGACGUAUUGGUUCAAAAGAUUCCUCAAGAAGCAAGAAAAAAGAACGAAAGAGAUCCAAAUAUUUGUGGACGAUGAAUAAAGUAUGACAACUCCCCCGAAGUCGUAGUGCGGGUUGUCUUUUAAGUUUUAAGUUUUUUUGUUAGUUCAUUAUGAGUUUGUUUGUUACUCCUUGUGAGAGGUUAGUUUUAAUUUCAUUUUAUGUUGUUGAUGCUUGGUUUAUCCAAGUCUGUUGACUUGAUG